AUGAUCCUGCGUGCCCUUCGCAGAGCUUCGUGUGUGCUGCGCGUGCGAGCACUGCACCACAGCUGUGUGUCGCUAAAGCAGGCAACGAUACCCUAUGAUGAGCUUGAGACACGCACGUUUUCGAUCAUUGCGCAUAUUGACCAUGGAAAAUCGACACUCGCCGAUCGACUCUUGGAGUGCACGAACACCAUUCCGAGCCAUGCAUCCAACAAACAGGUUCUCGAUAAGCUCAAAGUCGAGCGUGAUCGUGGCAUCACUGUCAAAUCGCAGGCUGUGAGCAUGCUGUACCAGACGCCUGAGCGUGCGAAACCGCUUCUCCUCAAUCUGAUCGAUACGCCGGGCCACGUCGACUUUGCCUACGAGGUGCGCCGCUCGCUCUCUGUGUGUCAAUCGGCACUGCUGGUGGUAGAUGCGACACAGGGUAUUCAGGCGCAGACCAUUUCCGUGUACAGGAUUGCUGAACAGUGUGGAUUGACCGUGAUUCCUGUCCUGAACAAGGUCGACUUGCCCGCCUCGAACCCUGAGCAAUGUGCGGAGCAGCUUCGAGACAUUCUUGGCAUGGAUACCACCGUACAUACGCCGCUCCAUGUGAGUGCCAAGACGGGCCAGGGCGUGGAUCGAGUGCUCGAGGCCCUCGUCGAGCGCACGCCGCCGCUCCCAGGCAUGCAGAGGCAGGAUCGAGAGCCGCCAGGUCUGCGCGCGCUCGUGUUCGACAGCUGGUACGACAAGUAUCGUGGCGUGAUUGCCCUCAUAAGCGUCAUGGACGGCGCUGUGCGGAAGGGCGAUAUGAUCGAGGCGUACCACAGUGGCAAGCGGUACGAAGUACUGGACCUGGGCCUCAACCAUCCCGAGCCGGUGUCUGUGCCGAUCUUGCGCAAAGGCCAGGUGGGAUGGCUCAUUACCACCAUGAAGGACACGGAAGAGGCGAGUAUCGGCGACACGUUUCACCGCGCGCAUGAGACCGUCGAGCCGCUGCCAGGGUUCAGACCCGCCCUGCCCACCGUCUUCGCGGGCAUUUUUCCCACGGACAAGAGCGAGUUUCUCAAGCUGGAAGAUGCGAUUCAGCGGCUCUGUAUCAACGACCGAUCUAUCUCGAUCCAAAAAGAGACGAUGACCGCCCUCGGCCAGGGCUAUCGCCUAGGCUUCCUCGGCACACUGCAUUUGGACGUGUUCCGGCAGCGCCUCGAAGAUGAAUACGACCACGAGAUCCUUGUCACAACGCCCACAGUCCCCUUCCGCAUCACAUACAACGACGAGACGCAAGUCCUGUGCUCGAAUCCUGCCGAUUUUCCCGACGAGGGCACGAAAAAGCUGCAUGUCGCGUGCCUCGAGGAGCCUAGCGUCAAGGGCUCGCUGGUGUGCCCCGAAGAGUACACGGGCGCCAUGAUGGAGCUGUGUGCCGAGCACCGCGGCGAGCAGCUCGACAUUGAGUUCUCGCGGGCUGCGCAGGCACAGUCGCAGGUGUACAUGCAGUACCGUCUGCCGCUCGCUGAGAUUGUGACCGACUUUUUCGAUAAGCUCAAGUCACGCAGCUCGGGCUUUGCGUCGUUUGAUUAUGAGGAAGACGAAUACAUCUCGUCCGACCUUGUCAAGCUCACGUUCCUCGUCGCCGGCGCACCUGUCGAUGCUCUCGACAUGGUGCUGCACCGUUCCAAAGCAUCACUCGUCGGGCGCACAUUCGCGCAGCGACUCAAAGACGCCAUUCCGCGCCAGCAAUUUGAGAUCAAGGUACAGGCGUGCGUCGGUGGCAAGGUCGUGGCGAGCGAGACGGUACGUGCGUACAGAAAAGAUGUGACCGCUGGUCUCUAUGGCGGACACUAUGAACGAAAACUCAAGCACCUCAAUAAGCAAAAGGAGGGCAAAAAGCGGCUCAAGGCCAUGUCGCUUGGCCGCGUGCAAGUGCCACACAAGGCAUUCAUGGAUAUCCUCGACACGCGCUCUACAUGA